AUGGCUAGUCUGCUCGGCGACCUCGAGGGCCAGGCGACGGUCAAGAAGACAGAGUCGUCUCGUCUUGCCGACCUCGACGCCAGCUCUUUCCGCUCGACCAACCACUUCGCCUCCUCUUCCAAUGUCGCCUCCGACCCUGCGUCAGACCCCUUCCUCGUCGGCGCACCGUCCAGCGACGGCUUCGACGGCGUCGAGAAGGCUCGCUUCGACACGGCGAUGGACGAAUUUGACAAUGACCUCGGCGGCAUGGACCAGCGGUUCUUCGAUGACUUUCCCGCUGUCGAGCCUCUCGGCGAAUCGAGCAAGUUGAAUGAGGAGGUCAAGACGGAGGACGACGAUGAUGACUUGUUCGUCAAGCCGACUACCGCUGCGGCCAAGCCCAAAGGCCCGGCGCAGCGACGGCAAAUCGUCAACGCUUCCGCCAUCAAGCCCGUCAAGCCGAAGCCUGAACCGGUCGACAACGCCUCGCCGAGCCCAAUGCUCGAGGAAAUGAAGCCGAAGCGCAAGGGUGUCGACUGGCGCACCGCGACUUCCGCUCUGGCAGCAGCUUCUGCUCCAAUCGUUGUGUCCGCUGAGGCGACCGACGACUCGACGGCCUUCAACGAAGAGCACAAGACGUUCUGGUGGUUCGACUAUGACGAGCCUGCACCCGGCACCGUCCGCCUCGUCGGCAAGGUUCGCGUCAAGGACGAGCAGAUGAUGGUGGCACAGAUCAAGGACGGCAAGAAGGCCGAAAAGGUCGUGCCCAAGUUUGUCAGCGCGACAGUCGUCGUCAAGAACAUCAAGCGCAAGCUCUACGUUCUCCCGAAGACCAAGGCCGAGUACUACGGCGGCGAGGUCGACGAGGAUGACUCGGAUGACGAGGACGACGAGCUGCCGUUCGACGACGUCGAAGGCGAUUUCCUUGACGAUGCGAAGGGCAAGUGGAACCUGCGGAACGUCUCGAGCACGCAGGGCUACGUCAAGCGGCGGUACGCUUUCGGCAUCAAGGGUGUCCCGCGGAAAGAGACGAACUGGCUCGAGGUCACUUGCGACUUCCCUGCCGGCAAGCGAAACGAGUCGGACAUCCCCAUCGACGCUGCUGGCGAGCAGUACUCGCACGUCUUCGGCUCGACUGCGACCGCCUUCGAGCGCUUCGUCGUCGACCACAAGAUCAUGGGUCCGUGCUGGCUCAACAUCUCGAAGCCCAAGGUCAACAAGGGCGAUGCAUUCUCGUGGACCAAGUUCAAGGCCGAAGUCGACGACAAGGACAUCUCGCCGUUCUCCAGCUCCGACGCGACCGCCGCGAAGGACGUCCCUCGCCUCACGGUCCUCAGCUUGAGCAGCCGGACAGUCGUCCACCUCAAGGAGAACAAGCGCGAGAUUGUCUGCGCUGCUGCUCGCGUCUGGCAUGACGUGGACAUCGACGACCCGACUCCCGUCGAACACCAAGGCUCGUCGUCCGAGGUCUUCGUCCGCAACCUCUUCACCGACUUCCCAACCGGCUUCGACCAGCAAGUGCGCCAGCACCAGGGAUCGCCUAUCUUCGCGCUCUUCAAGGCGGAGCGACCACUCCUCAUCCAGCUUCUCGACUACAUAUCCCGCAACGACCCGGACGUCAUCGUCGGGCACGACUUCGGCCAGCUCGACCUCGACGUUCUCCUCAACCGGUUGUGCGAGAAGUGGCCGCAGCUGCGCUCUGGGUGGAACACCGGCUUGCUUGCGGGUCGCUUGCUCUUCGACCUCACUAGCGACGGAUCGAAGUCCCUGAUCGACUCGACGACAUGGUCGCUGACCGAGAUGUGCGAGACGCACCUCGGCAUCGCCCGCGAAGACAUCGACCCCGAAGACACGGCCAAGUUCUUCGACAAUGUCCACUCGACUGCCGCCCACCUCAAGCACUUCGUCCUGCAGUGCGAGGCCGACACGUACUUCCAGAUGGCCGUCGCUGCGAAGGUCCAGGCGCUUCCGCUCACUCGCCAGUUGACCAACCUGGCCGGAAACUCCUGGAACCGCACGCUCGCCGGAAACCGUGCCGAGCGAAACGAGUACAUUCUGCUCCACCGCUUCUACGAGACGGGCUACAUCGUGCCCGACAAGAUCUCGUCGCGCAAGAAGAAGGCGCAGAUCGACAAGGCGGAGAAGAAGAAAAAGAAGAAGACUCGGGACGACAACGGCGAGGAGGAGCCGAAGGUCGAGGUCAAGCGCGAGAAGUACAAGGGUGGUUUGGUCUUCGAGCCGGAGAAGGGCUUGUGGGACCGCUACGUCCUCGUCAUGGACUACAACUCGCUCUACCCGAGUAUCAUCCAGGAGUUCGACAUCGACUUCUCGACGAUCGACUGGACCGCCGAAGACGCCGAGGACCUCGACAAGAUGCCCGACCGCGCACCUUGCGACGGCGAACCUCAAGGAAUUCUUCCGCAGCUUAUUGCCUCGCUCGUCGCUCGUCGACAGAUCGUGAAGGGUCUCAUGAAGGAGAAGUCGGCCACCGUCGCCAAGCUGAUGCAGGCGCUCAAGCUCAUCGUCAACUCGAUGUACGGCUGUCUCGGUUACGAAGGCUCUCGCUUCUACGCCCGCCCUCUCGCCGCGCUCACCACCUUCAAAGGUCGCGAGAUCCUGACGCGGACAAAGGCUGACGCCGAGGGCAUGUCGCUCAACGUCAUUUACGGUGACACCGACUCGGUCAUUGGCGAAGCCUGCACGAAGGUGACCAACGACAAGUACAAGAAGCUCGAGAUUGACCGCGAUGCCGUCUUCGAGCGCGUGCUCCUUCUCAACAAGAAGAAGUACGCCGCUCGCAAGGUGGAGGACGACGGCAAGGGCGGACCGGGCGAGGUCACGACCGAGAUCAAGGGUCUCAACAUGAAGCGUCGCGAGUUCUCCAAGCUCUCGAAGGAUGCCUCGAAGGACGUUCUCGACAUGAUUCUCUCGGCGAAGGCGACUGAAACUGUCAUUCAGGAGAUUCACGAGUACCUCUCCGACCUCGGCGAGAAGAUCCGCAACGGCUUCAAGCCUCUUGAUGACUACAUCAUCCACAAGCGUCUCGGCAAGAACCCGGAGGACUACCCCGACGCCAAGUCGCUCCCGCACGUCCAGGUCGCGCUGAAGAUGAAGGCGAAGGGUCUUUCCGCCAAGGCCGGCGACGUCAUCCCCUACAUCUUCUGCGUGCCGCCCAACGGCGAGACGACGAAGACUGCGCAGGCCGCCAACGCUCAUCACCCGGACGACGUGCGCCGACAAGGCUCAACGCUCAAGAUUGACUUCGAGGUCUACCUGUCGACGCAAGUUCUCCCGCCUAUCGAGCGUCUUUGCGAGCACAUCGAAGGAACCGAGAAGGCUCGUCUUGCCGUAUGCCUGGGUCUCGACGCUCUGCGCUCCAAGUCGACUUCGCUCGAUGUCCGCGAACGCGAGUUCAAGACGCUUCAGUCGCAGAUCUCGGACGCCCAGCGCUUCGCCGAUGCCGAGCCGUUCCGCAUCCGGUAUCGAACCUGCGGCACGAUCAACCCGUUCGACGACAUCCUCGAGAACAAGGCCGGCAUGCUCUCCGAACACGGCUUCUUCUGCGGCAACAUCGACAAGAUCUACGAAGCGUGGCUUGUCUGCGACGAGCCGACUUGUCGCAACAGGACACGAAUCAUGUCCGUCUACGGCAAGGAGUGCCUCGCCUCGGGCUGUCACGGCGCGAUGCACUUCGAGUACUCCGACGCCGUGUAUCAACAGCUCCUCUACCCCGACACCUUAUUCGACAUCGAGCGCGUGCGCUUGACAAGGUCGCAGGCGGAGCUCAGCAAUGCUCGUCUCGCGCUCGUGCUGGUCUCGCGCUCGUUCUCGUCCCCGGAUGACUCACAAUGCUCUCCUCUCCUCCGUCGUGCGCAACGCUCAGCCUGCAAUUCACCAUGA